AUGAUUCGAAGCAGAGCUCACACCGUUGAACACAUUGAGGACGAGCCGAUUCCUAGUUCCAAUUCUCCAAAUAAACCCAAGUGGUGUUCUCCCGGGUCGCUGUGGUCACGUACAACUUCCUCUCGAGUGCCAAUUGGCCGACUGGCCAUUGGACUACCCUCCCAUGAGGAUCAGACGGAUGCUGCAUUGCACACCUACGAUACAUGGAUACAGCACUGGCAGGCGCUAGGAUCUGCACAAGCAAAGCGAGAUGAAGGAAGCUCUUCUGGGCCCAGAGUCAAAGAAGAGAAGCCAGCCGCUGUGUCGAGAGCUAAAGAAGCGGAGUGGAGAGUCACGCACGCGUGCGACGACGUGUCUGGAAUUGCGCAUUCGAAAACCUAUGAAUCUAUCUGUUCCCGCGUCCUGCGUGUCGAGAUGCCAACCAGAGAACAUCUGACACACCGAGACAUGUACGACUUCAGUAUUGCACUUGCACGUCGCGGUGAUAUGUGUGGUGAAGCUGACGCACAUGCUCUCUGGCCGGAUGGCACGUCAUGCAAUUAUGGCGCGGCGAUACCAACUCUGCGGAGAUGGACUCCGAGGCGCCGUGAUAUCUGGGGCGACGCAGUACGUGGCAACAUAGCGGCGAUCCAUGAUGCGGUCGAAAAUUUAUACUACAGUUGCGCUGAUGCACGAAGCCAUGUUUCCGAUAACGAAUGUUUGGCUGACUGUCUGAUGGCUGCUUUUGUACGGGACUAUUCAGACGAUGAUGCUUCUGGGGUGUAUGUUCAAGGUACAUCACUGCUCCGGAAAGGGAGUAAACCUGUGCUGGACACGUGGCGGAUAGAGCGGGCCAUAUCUGAAAUUUGCUCCUAUACAUAUUAUGAGUCGCUGGUACGGGGUGCAACCGAAAUUUUGGGACUCGACCAACAUGGGGCCGCAUGCGCAGUGGCGGACAUCAUCGCGCCGGGCCACAGCGGCUCCUAUCUGAUCAUCCGGAACCUUACAUCUGGCAUGGCACAGACAAUAGGGUUCAUGGAGGGCCUGGCCCAACUGUCUGGGCGCGAGAGUGUACCCCUCGCCUACGGGAGUCUUGUGGCCUACGUCAAUGACAUGACCGACCUCGCGACGGAUGUGGAAACUGUUGAUAUGAAUUCUGCUGCCGAGGCGGCUGUGCGAAUGCAUACAACAGCACGAGCAGCAUAUGACUGCAUGCGAACAUUAUGCACGAGUCAAGAUGACUACGGCAUCGUCUGUUGUUGUGCUAGUAUCUACCAUGCCAUAACAACACGCAGUUGCAAUGCAUGGGUGGACUGUCCCCACGAGAAUAGAGAGGACAGGUCGUCUAAACACCCCCAUGAUCGUGCUUAUGGCAGGCGCAUGUCAGAAUGGCUCGUAUCUGCGCAAGACGACAGCGGGAGGAGCAUUCCCGGCAUCCGUAAUAUGAUUGAAUGGGUGAUUUCCAUUGUCACUAAGGAGUCAGCAGAACAGAACCAAAGCCGUUGCGAUAGAAGGCCUGAGUUGGAACAAGCGAUGUGCGACUGGUAUCAUGCCUUGAUCCAAUGUUAUUGCUCAGUCGUGUCUGGACUGAGCGCCACAGAACAUGGCGCUGCAGUGGCUGGGUUCAAAAACGCAGAGUUGCAGGUUCGAAAGUUGAUCUCCGAGAGCGACGACCGUGAGCUACUUCUCUACGCUUUGCGAUGGGUUGGAGCAAAUGAUGGCGAGGCGGCGCGGGGCUGGGCUUGGUGGUGUGAGCCACAGGUUGUCACUGCUUCCAACAUAUCAAACUAUCUCCGACGCCCGUGUAUCAAGAAGGAAUUCUGA